AUGCCUUCUAUCAAACCAACUCUCCACCCAUUGCAGACCCCCCGGACUAUGGUCUUUCCAUCCGAGCUCCAGGAAGACUCAGGGUCUUCCAGCCUUUCAGCAGGCAACGGAAGGGGGGAUGAACCACUCUCGACACCUAUCACACCUCCCGCGGCAUACACAGAGUUUCUCAAGAAGUUUCAGCCGAUCUUAUCCCCCAUCACGGGGGAGCCUGACUUUUCCAAGAUUCACACCCUGAGGGAAGGCCGCUCCACCACGUCAAAUUCUCCAACGUCCCAGCCCGCAUCACGCCCAACCAGUGCAGUCAGCGGCACCUUCAGCUUCAAUGGUGAAUCGUCUAGAUCCGCCGCCGCUUCACUGCCACCACCCACCCCGUACACAGCACCUCCAGUGCGAAGAGACCCGAGGAGCCUGCGGGCUUUACGUAUCCCGCCGCCUCCCAGGUAUUCACCGAUUACUGAGGCUCCCAGGAGUGCACACACCCUCUAUUCACCUUACUCUGCGUCUCCGUCGGACUGGAGAAUGCGUUAUUGGGACGGUCCGCACAGCGCCCUUCCCAGCGGCAGAUUCAGCGUGCGGCAUGUCAUUACUCACACCAUCACCUUCAAACGAACACAGCUCGAGGACCCUCCGAAGGGAAAGCGGAGAAAGCGUGAGGACUCUAAUGAGCCUUAG